GAAGAUUUUAUUUAUGAAGUGGGGCAGGGAAGAAUAUACAAAGUGGAGAAUUCUUAUAUUGAUUUCCAUAGUUGCACAAGUAGUACAAUAUAUAUUAGAGGCUGUAUUUGAACUUAGGUUUUUAUGAAUUCACAACAAAGCAUUUUUUAAAUUAAUUUAUUUAGUCAAUUUAGAGCCUUAUUCCUUGGUUAUGAAUAUUACAUUAUUUCUCUCACUCCCCUCCCCCUCCCCUUCCCGCAACCAAUGCACAAUUUCAUUGGGACACAAUUUCAUGUGUCUUUGAUCAAAACCUAUUUCCAUGUUGGUGUUUGCAUUAGGAUGUUCAUUUAGAGUCUCCAUCUUCAAUCAUGUCCCCUUGACCCAUGCAAUCGGGCAGUUGUUUUUCUUCUGUGUUUCUACUCCCACAGUUUUUCCUCUGAAUGUGGAUAGUGUUCUUUUUCAUAGAUCCCUCCAGGUUUGUUCAGGAUCACUGCAUUGCCACUAAUGGAGGAGUCCAUUACAUUCGAUUGUGCUACAAUGUGUUAGUCUCUGUGUCCAAUGUUUUCCUGGUUCUGCUCCUCUCACUCUGCAUCAAUUCCUGGAGGUUGUUCCAGUUUCCAUGGAAUUCCUCCACUUCAUUAUUCCUUUGAGCACAAUAGUAUUCCAUCACCAACAUGUACCACAAUUUGUUCAGCCAUUCCCCAAUUGAAGGGCAUCCCCCUAUUUUCCAAUUUUUUUGCCACCACAAAGAGAGCAGCUGUGAAUAUUUUUGUACAAGUCUUUUUCCUUAUGAUCUCUUUGGGGUACAAACCCAGCAGUGCUAUGGCUGGAUCGAAGGACAGACAGUCUUUUACCGCCUUUGGGCAUAGUUCCAAAUUGCCCUCCAGAAUAGUUGGAUCAAUUCACAACUCCACCAGCAAUUCAUUAAUGUCCCAACUUUGUCAACUACCCUGUGAUAAGAUUUAAGGAAUGGUCUCAACUAUAUCUCCUAGCAAUUCUUUGAAAGUCAUUAAGUCUUUUAAAAAGCCUUUUAAAAAAUGUUGUGGUUAUUACUAAAUGGAAACUUGCCAAAAACAAAACAAAACUGUGGGCAGAACUGGUUUUUCUGUUUGGAAAAAAAAAAUGUGUCCAGAAGCCUAUUGCUUCUGGAAGGGGGUGGGGUUUAAAGAAAAAGUUUGGCCAUUCUGAAUUUGCCAUUUCUAAGAGAGAAAAGACUGCCUUGUCUAUGGGUAUCAGAUUUUUCAGCCCUCUGAUCUCUCUCUCUUUUUUUUUUAACCCUUACCUUCUGUCUUGGAGUCAAUAUUGUGUAUUGGCUCCAAGGCAGAAGAGUGGUAAGGGCUAGGCAAUGGGGGUCAAGUGACUUGCCCAGGGUCACACAGCUAGGAAGUGGCUGAGGCCGGAUUUCCCAUCUCUAGGCCUGGUUCUCAAUCCACUGAGCUACCCAGCUGCCCCCUCUCUGAUCUCUUAAAGGGACCUGCUCUAAAGACAGUGUUGGUGAUGGAGGAUCCUGUAUCAUCAUUUUUAACCCUUGAAUAAACAUGUCUCGCUCUUUUGAGCUAGUUUGUCCCAUAGUUUUACUCCUGCCUUAAAAUCCUGGUCCUAAUCCCUAAAAUCCUUUCUGCCAAUCAGAAAGGGAAGAGUUCCUCUCACCCAACACUUGUGAAUGACCAUUCAAACUCACCCCCUGUUGUGACCUGCUCAACAGAUUACUUGUGGGUUGAUGAAUCCAGAUGAGUGAAAUGAUUCUGGGAUUAAAGGAGGGUCAAAGUGACUGACAGACUUCCUAGGGAAAAUAAUGUAGGCUAAGGGAUUAGGUAAACCUUUUGUGGAGACGAUCGUUAGUAAUGAUUUCCACAGUGGUUCUAAACAAAGUUUCCUAAAGGACGACAAGUCUCAGGCAAACAUGUAACUAUCUAACAGAAUUCCUGCAUCAGUAAUUUCUUGGAAGGCCAUUUAGUAGCUGGGGAGGAACUGGAUUAGGUUCUCAUGCUGGGGAGGAGGGGGCAGCUAGGAGUCCAACAACUUCUCAGCUCUGGCUGUGAUUUUUCUGGGGUCUUCUGUCACUACAUGGGACUAUAUUACGGGCUCCCAGAUUGACAUUCUUCUUAGAUCUGCUGUCAAUAGGAUUAGAAGUACAAGGUUUGGGCAGAUUUUCACCACAUGAACUAAUUACUGGAUAAGUAACUUUUCGGACUGUGUGCUGACUUGGAUAGGGCUCUGUUUUGCAAAAGAGGUUAGUAGUCCUGGAGAAGACUAUGGGGGAGUUUUAGGGAGUUUUGCUGUACUCCUAACAUUUCGGUAUAUAUUGCUUGUGAUUCCAAUUCAUUUCUUCCACUCUAGUCAUUACAUAGAAAUAAGGAGAUUUAACAUGGGCUUUCCGGAUCCUUUACUCAAAGGAACAAUUGCAAAUCUACGUGGUUUUGAUUCUUGGAAAAGAUAACCAGAGCCAGCUUAGAUGAACACGGAACUCAAUGAAUGAAUUUCAGUUGGAAUAAGGAACAUCAAUCCCACGAACACAACUAGAAUGACAAGAAUGGAUGGUGUGAAACACCUCUACAUUGAUGGAGGACCUUUUCAACUUGUCCCGAAUCCUAAAUGCAUCACUACCACGGAUGCCAGGGGAAACGACUUGCGUAAUCCACUCGUCAAUAGGGAAGCUGUAUUUCUGCAAGAUUUACUUCCUUUUGUUGGGUUCAACACAUUACAACAGGCCUCGACUCUUCCCAUGGACUGCAUUUUUGGUUCCCUUAAGGAUAAGUGGGAAGAGUUGUCUUUGGGUCAAACUUACUGAAGGGGAAACCCCAAGUGAGCCUUAAUGAACUUCCAACGCUGUUGAUAAUGAGGGUUUUAUGAAGCCAAAUCCGUGCCCUGAGUCCCAAAGACUCUCUCUCCCUCUGGGGAUGGUGUCCCCACUUAGUCAGGCCUAGUUUUAGAAGGAAGCAGGACACCGAUUGGACAUUCCUUUCUACUGAAUGCAAAGGAAUGUUAGGGCAGAUGAGUUUUCCCUUAUGUCUGCCCACCAGGCAAACUCUGAGCCAAGUGUUGAAAAGAUUGCCAAAAGAUCCUUCAGUGGUCUUCGGAAUGGAGCCAUAGCCUCAGUGCUUGGGACAAUCCUUGCCAACGUCACCCUCGUGUUCAGUACAUAGUGCCGCAAUGUGGUCCUGAUGUGGAAGCCUCCUAGGAGACUUCACGUGGCCGGUGGUGACCCUUUAUCCAUCGGACAAUAAAAAGUCUGUCUCUUAGUGGACGUUUAAUCUGUUUCUUGAAAACAGAAGCACAUUCAGCCCGGAAUAAAGACAUUGCCAUGGAACUCGGGGCUUCAUUCCAAGGAGAAUAAGGAGCGUUGCAAGGAGUGAUCCCGUGAAGGAACACGGAAGCUGCUGGUGUAGAUGGAUGAGGGGACAGCUAUUGUGGAGAGGUUCAAAGCACUGUCAUAUCCAAGCCCCACGAGGGACCCACAAAACUACACUCGGGGCCUAAAGCCCUUCCCUAAGAAAAGGGAAACUCUGCCCUAGGGGAGUUUCCGAAGUCCUGGCCAAGUCUAUGACCCCAGUGCUGCUUUCACAGCAGGGAAACUGUCCCCUCGGCAGUCUGGGAGGGUUUGAGCUGUGGGCAAGCCGCUUUGUCUCUCUGGAACUCGGAUCCCUUGAGGAAGGGAGAGGAGUGACAGCUGAGGAUCCCCCGUGUGCCGCGUUGUCUUCUCCUGGGCCUGGAAGGCCGGCACGCUGGACAAUUCCCCUUCGUGUCUAUUGAGCCCAGCGGAAUCCUUCUAGGGCCAAAGCGGACCUAUUGAGGACCCAGAAUGCGCGGCCACCCUCAGCAGCUCCGAACAAGAUGCUUUUGCUAUGCAGUGUAGCACAGGCGGGUGAGGGAUGAGCUUUCGCUCUGUAACACGCUGCCAAGCCCGGCUAUUCGCAGCCCACAAUCAGACUGCCGUCUGUCGGGUCUAGAAGGGAGGAUCGUGGGGGAGGCGGAAGCGUCGUCCGCCCUCCUCACCCUCCAAAGCGCGCCCCCCUACCCCUCCCCGCUCAAAGCUGAGGCUCUAGAGGAGCUGCGAAGCGCCUUCAGUCGGUCUCGGGCCCUCAGCAAACCGGGUUUGGGGGGGAAUCGAGCCGCCAGCCCAAGGCCCCACCGUCAUCGACUCUAAAGCCACUCGGGCCGGCCGCCGCAGAAACCCGAGCUGGGUGUGGCGUCUGCUGCAGUCUGUCAGGGUGGGGAGGAGGGAGGGAGGGAGGGAGCCGAGAGAGAGUGUGCAUUGCCCAGAGGCUGGGGGAGGAGCUGACGCGGGCUCCGGUGCUGACGCUGCCGAGCGGAGCCGCUUUACACUUUCGCAGCUGCCAGCCCCGAGCCCCAAGUCGGCUGGGCUCGUUCCCUGGAGCUGCUGCCUGCCUCUGGGCCGAGCACUAAAGACUGCCGCGGACUCGGGCGAGACCAGGGAAGACCUGGAACCCGCGGAGCUCGGAGGAGCCUUAGCGCGGGGUGGGCCCCCUCUGCCCGCCAUGUCGGCCACGCUCAAGCAGAGGUUCGAGCAGUUCCUGCACCAGAAGAACUGCAUGACCGACCUUCUGGCCAAGAUCGAGAGCAAGACGGGGGUGAACCGGGCCUACGUGGCGCUCGGUGUCAUCGGCUUGGUGGCUCUGUACCUCGUGUUCGGCUAUGGAGCCUCUCUGCUCUGCAACCUGAUAGGAUUCGGCUAUCCGGCAUAUAUCUCAAUCAAAGCUAUCGAGAGCCCCAACAAAGAUGAUGAUACCCAGUGGUUGACCUACUGGGUGGUCUACGGUGUCUUCAGUAUAGCGGAGUUCUUCUCGGACCUCUUCCUGUCAUGGUUCCCCUUUUACUACAUGCUGAAGUGUGGCUUCCUGCUGUGGUGCAUGGCCCCCAGCCCUUCCAAUGGCGCCGAGAUGCUUUACAGGCGCCUCAUCCGCCCCUUCUUCUUGAAGCACCAGUCUCAGAUGGACAGCGUGGUGAAGGACCUGAAAGACAAGGCCAAAGAGACUGCGGAUGCUCUCGCCAAAGAAGCCAAGAAGGCCACCGUGAACUUGCUGGGCGAUGAAAAGAAAAGUACCUAAACGGGAUGCAAAGCUCUUCUGCUCCGCUCUUUCUUCCCGUAAAGCUUGGUCACGUGGGGAACUGUGGUCUCAUGACGACGACUCUGCCUGGAAACUGUGGGAUCUACUGAAAGGGAAUAUAGUGUGUGUGCGUUGUUUGCUUACUUUUCUUUUGCUGCUGUCUAUAAAUUCAGGGCAGUGGACGGUGUUCACAGUUUCUCAAGAAUGUAUUCUUUUCCUCUCUGAGCUAGGAAGAGCAUCUGUCUCCUACCACAGUGAAUGCAAAUAAAAUUCCGUGUCCCACAGGCUCUCCUCUCCUGGUUUCUCCGUGCAUGUAUCUUCUGUAGCUGUGCUUUGUGGGUUUUCAUGCAAUGUAGAAGUUAACAUUUAAAGCCUUUUUGUUUGUGCAUAGGCAGAAAAUUGUCUCGGGGCAGAUGGGAACUAUUCUGCUGGAGAAGCCCACUGGAAUUGUUUAGCAGCGAUGUUGUUGAGUGAUUGCCUGAGUCAUUUGUACACUCACAAAAGUGCAAGGAGUGAAAGCUCUUGUCUGAAUAAUCGUGAAAACCCAAUAGAAGCAGCAUGUCACUGAUUAGGUUUUCCUAGGAUGAUAUCUAUUAAGAAUAGGACCCAGAACGUGCUAGAAAAAAUAGAUAAUAAUGUAAGUAAAUUAUAUGAUAAAAAUCUAAUGAAGUUUGUUUGUAUAGCUCUGAAUUUGUCAUUUAGAUGUCCAGCUUUUUCUUCCCAGAAUCAGAGAAGCUGAAUGCCAAGAAACCAAGAAUAAGAACAGUAUUGCUCAUGGCAUGUGUGGGGAAACGUGUAUACCCAUCAAAACCCAAGAGCACUCUUUAUGGACAUCCAGGAUUUUCAUGAUGCUACCGUUUAUCUAGCCUGACCUCAAGCUAGAGGAGAUGGUUUCUUUCCCUGAAACUCUAUCCCUGUUUUUUCAUUAUCUUCCUGUAGGCCACUAAUUAGGGAUUGUUUCAUUCUGACUCUAUGCUGUACAACCAAAACACCAUGUUUACAUCUAAAACCAGUGAUGGAGAGUGGAGUAACAGGGACUGAAUCCUGCUAACUUGAAUGCUAGGGCUUCUCAAAACUUUCCUCCACUGGGUCCCACUAGCUUCUUAGUCAGACAUGAGGCCACCUUAUCUUAGAAAUCAUACUCCUGUUUAGGGAGCUUCCCAUUAAUGCCUUAAUUUAUAUUUUUGGUUGAAACUAUCUUCUGAUAAUACUGAUUUCCUGAUAAUAAUUCCCUUCAGGCACAGACCAGAAGUUCAAAAAAAAAUUUAAGUCCCAUAAUUAUUACAGGCCAAAUAUAUUACAAACAAAUCAGUGGCUUUUGUAGGUGUAGCAAAAAGGGCUGCAAGUAAACUGAACCUUGAAAUCUUUAUCGGUACAUUUGGGCUUGGACAAUGGCUUAUUUCUAGUUACAAAACUCCCAAUCAGUAAAGCCUUUAUAACGUUAUUGUGCUUAAAAUAUUAGGGAUAAUCAAGCAUAACAGAAAUGUCAUCUCAUGCUGAGAAAAUGUAAUUGGGAGGCAAGACUAUCUGAAGUGAGAUUCUUCUGUAAUCAGAGGCUAACACGUAUAUUUUGAUGUGAAUGGUUAACUUUCCUAUACAGUAUCUGUGAAGGUGAAUGAUUUUUCUUUAAGUCACUGAAUCAAAGGAAAGCAAAAAUCAUUAGAAAAAAACCACGCCCCGUAGCCAAAAUGAAAGAAUUUCUAAAUACUGACUGCUUCAAUCAUUUUAUAGAGACAAAAGUAGCUCCGUGUUUUGGUAUAUGGAGCCAAUUUUCAGUAGGUAAGUUGGGGAAUCCUCCCUUUUUCUAGUGUUCUUUACUUAACUGGCAAAUAAGUGCUGUGAAGUGUAAGUCACUUUUCUGAAACGUCCAACCAUCUGACUCGCGUGCAUUUGUUAAAAAACACUCCCUCUGCCCAUUGGUUCCAGGUGACAUACAGUGAUGUAAGUAGUAGAAAUCGUCUUUAAAAAUUGCUCCUGUCAAGCCUUCCUGACCUAAAGCUCUUCUGGAAACCUUCAUGGCUGGAAUUGGGAGAAGUUUCAACUUGUGUGUGACGAGGAGCAAGCUUGGAUUUGUUAUGUGAAAAUGUCCGAGUUUCAAGCAGCCAGCCAAUACCCUGUAAAGGACGUUUUUUCUUUUCCUUGGAAGUGGUGUCACCCCCCCCCCCCCCCCCCCCCAGUGUGGCUCUUGUUGAAAUAGCUGGUUGAAAAUAAGUAUUGCUAACCCUGGGCUCAAACUGAUCUCUUGUACUAACGAUGUGCUGUGCUGAAAGGCGGAUUCCAAUAAAAGGCUGCUCUUCA